AUGGUGCUCCCGAAGGCGAAGGCCCGGGUAAACGUCGGGCCGCAGCUGGAGAAGCUGGUCCGAACGCACGGCGAGAUUGCCCAGGCGAAGGAGGCUUACCACGCGAGGCGAGCGGCGGCCAAGGAGGAGAAGAAGUGGGAGCCCCCGGAGUACAACCUGUCGGAGGACAAACAGGAGCGAUUUGGGAAGUGCUUUGAGCUCUGGUGUGAUCCAGGGCACCACGACCUGACUCGGAAAUCCGCGAUGAAGCUUUUUAAGGAUGCGGGCAUUUGCGGACCAGACAAGAGUCAAGUGCCAUCCGUGACGGUCGAUCUGCUCUUCGAGAAGCACAAGCAACCAAGGAACAGGAAGAUCACCUUUGAGGAGUUCGUGUACAUGGUGCUCGAGAUGUCGGGUAAGGUCGACGUGGAAAUGGAAACAUUAGUGGGACACAUUCUGGAUCAAGUCGGAGAGGGGCCGGAUUUUCACAACGUGUCUGUGCAGCCCGGAUUGGCGCGGUCGACGGCAGAGGGAGGUACUUAAAACAAUUUGUUCAUAACGACAGAAGAACCUGCAGAUGCAUUUCCAAUAUUGUAUGUAUGAAUCGGUUGCUCUGCCAUGCUGCAUAUGCAUAGUGAUGUGAAUGAGUUCGUAAAUCGUGCUCUAUUUCAUCUCGUUGAGUCAUUUUUAUCACAAAAAUCUACAGAUCUCACCGGCCCGGAGAAGUUUUUCUACGACAAGGCAACCUUCACGGGUAGUCACACCAAGGGCGGUCCACGAGCGAUCGACUCAACGGACGGCUACCUCCACGGAUUCCAGGCGCUGAUCCACCGUGAGCACAUUCAGAAUGACAGCGUACAGAGGAAAAAGGCGGUCGAGGCCUUUGAUCCCAAGGCGUCCACCAAGAAGCCACGCAGCCUCGCGAGCCGAGGGCCCGAGCGGUUUGCGGACCCGAGCACGUUUACCGGAACGCACAAACAGGGCGGCCCGAAGGCGGUAGAUGGAAAGGCACUCAAGUACCGACCACUUCCACGACACGAGCCUAAACCACCAGAAGUCAAGAGAAGUAUAAAAAAAUCUCUUCGAACUCGUACUCGAUCUCGAACACUUAGGCUAAGUUUCCCUUGUGCACCAAAAAACUUUUUCGAAUCUUGAAACUUCAUCUUAAGAACUUUUUCGAAUCUCGAUUUUGUCCGUAGAAGUACUUAAGUGAAUCCCGCUAGUACGAAGGGACCACCAACUUUGUCAACAUGUUCUCAAAACUUCUAACAGUGACCGACCCCGGACGCGGUCCAGAGCGAUUCUAUUAUGACAAGGGCACCUUCACUGGUGCGCACCGACACGGCGGGCCAGACGCGACGUACCGCACUGCGGGCGGGUACCACGAUUUCAGCAAACUGAUUCACCGAGACCACGUGCAGGACGACCACCACCACCGAAGAAAGUCGGGUGACGAGGAUUCUUGUGGUGGAGUUCAAAGCGCACCACCACUGGUCUCCGUGGACUCCUCGCAGGCGACCGUCGAUCCGGCGAGCGGUGGAGCUCGCGGGUCCACACGAGGCUCCCAACUCGGAUCUCGUAGCGGUUCGAUGAGCUUCCAGCCGAAGUCGCGGGUUUCCAGCUGAAAUUUAUUGCUGUUGUAAUACUUCCACAUCCGAAAGCGACAGCGAUAGAAGAUGAAUUCCGUCAAAUCCGAGAUGUAGUUGAAACUCGCUUUAUUUUCGGUGGGUGCGGUAUAACCCCAUGCCGAAAAAAGCUAGUUCUCGCUAUUGCUUGUUUCUUGACAUUGGUUGCACAGAGCUGUAUCGUAGAGAUUGAAUGGAAAUACGCAUACUGGUAUAGUAGCUCACCUGUUUUCAUUUGUCAUUUGCGUCCCUUCUUUUUGUACAUUAACGUUAUUAACCUCUUUUUGUUUCGGUUUUUUCAAAGUCCGUUUCUUUUGUGUAUCUAAAUCUGUAUCUUAUCGGCGUGAACAAAAGUGUACCUGCCUUGUCCCCUCAUAUGAGCGAAGCUACCUCGUAGUCUUCGAGCUGCGGUAUACUGCGCAUUUCCCUGUACUUAGCUUUGCUUAAAACGUAGCUGAAUUGCGAACAAACGUUGGAGUCGACCUUUUUGAGCCCUUUACGCAAAU